ACAGUACAGUCUGAGUUUUACUUCUGCAAAUUUCUACAUUACAUGCAUCUAGCUAGUGUGGGCGCAAAUGAGUCACUAACUAAUUCCAAACCAACCCUACUAUGGAUGGCCGUGAUAACUCAAAUGUCGGUUCUAGUGACUCUGAGGGAAUUCCUGCCAGGCCUCCUCCAAAGAGAGCAAAGUCAAAAUCCAGAGUAUGGGACAGAGUGGCUCGCCUUGCUAGAAGAACCAGAAGCUCAAGAGAAGGAGACAGUGACUUUGCUUCAACCGGAGAAGAUGCAGGGGAGGCUGACCUUCCAUCAGAGCAAAUGGACUUGAGUGAUGGCCCUUCUACUAGUUCCUAUCAUGCAACAAAUGUAAGAAAACAGCAGCUCUCAGAUUGUAGUUCCUCAAGUGAAGGUGACCUAGCAACAUGUGGCAAUGCAGUCAGGUUGCCAAAGCACAAUUGUUACAAUCCACCAGAUAACAGUGAAGUAAUUUAUCAGCACUGUGUUCGUCCAAGUGCUGUCAAGGCGAUGUUCAGACCUGCAGAACUAAAGCUUCACAGUGAUCAUGUUCAAUUGAGAAAGAAGCGAAAUCCAAGCAGUACCAUUUCUUGCAGACAUUCAGAUUGUGCUCUUGAAGUACAAAAGCAUCGCAAUGACUGCUGCCAUUGUCCAUCUUGCUGCUGCUGUCGCCGUGGGAAUUUAGGUACUUGUUCUGGCAGCUGGCCUAGGAAUAGGUCUUGUCCUUUGCGUAUGAGUUUGAGGAUGCCCAUUCAGCCAUCUAAGGCUGUCCAGUCUCCGUCCUCAUCUCCCCGUAACAAGAAUCUGUGGAAGCGUAAUUCAGUACAAGGUCCUCUCAUGACGAAAUCAGUAUCCCUCCAGAGUGAGCGUCCAGGCAGUGCAAUGUAUGACAUGAGGAUAGCUAACAUGGAGUGUGGGGAGGAAGAGAAAGCUGCAUUGAGAGCCAAUCGAUCCCUGGACAUGUUGCACAGUGCUGUCAUGCAUGAUGUCAAGGGCUUGUCAAGAAGCAUUCCAUUGUUUUGUGAUCAGGAUAGAACAAUUGAUGAACAAAAUGGUAAUGAGCAGAAAAUUAAAGAGAAACCAGUUGAUCAGUGGAAAGAUAAAGUUUCAGGUCCUGUAUUCAAGGAGAGACUAGAGUCCAUCCUUGGUUGGUUCCGGGAGUUCAAUGACCAGCAGAAAAAUAUGAUAAUGAAGAGGCUUGUGGAGGAGUGUGAUUUGCCUCAGAUGCACAUGUUAUCUGUUACUAUGGAACCUAUUCUACAUCAACACUGCCCUCAUAACUGCCAAGAUUUAUUGUCAUGGUUACCGAAUCAGCUCUCAACAAAGAUCCUGAGUUACCUUGAUCCAGUGAGCUUAUGUCGGUGUGCUGGAGUAAAUCGGGCCUGGAAAGCUCUCGCUGAGGAGUCCUAUCUGUGGAGUAAUCUUUGUCUUCAACAAAAAUGGCGUUUAUCUCAAGUAGAAGAACAUAAGCAGAUGAUAAACCAUAUGGGAUCCAGUAUACAGUGGAAACAAGUAUUUGCUGAGCGCUACAGGCUACGUAGAAACUGGUUGAAAGGCUACUGUACUGUAAGAACCUUUGAAGGUCAUACUCAGGGAAUCUCCUGUGUCCAGUUUGAUGAUACAAGGAUAGUGAGUGGUUCCUCAGACAAGACAAUUAAGGUUUGGAAUAUCCGAACAAACUCUCCUUGGUCCGUCCAGACCCUUGUUGGUCACUCAGGAACCGUCCGAUGUCUCCAUCUAGAAGGAAAUCGUCUUGUUAGUGGUUCUACAGAUACCACUAUAAAGGUCUGGGAUUUGUCAAUGCAGAGUAGUUGGUCAAGCAUUGCAUGUAGAGUGACCAUGACUGGACAUCAUGACAUGGUCAGAUGUCUUCAGGUAGAUGAUGAUAAGGUGGUCAGUGGUUCAUAUGAUCGGACACUCAAGGUCUGGGAUAUUCGUACUGGUCAGUGUAGAUUGACCCUUAGUGGUCAUCUAGGUGCUGUGAUCUGUCUUCAGUUUGAUGACUUUAAGAUAAUAUCAGGGUCUGCUGACAAGACUAUCAAGAUAUGGAGUUUAUCAAGUGGACUUUGCAUGCGUACAUUGAUGGGUCAUCAGAACUCGGUUACAUGUCUUCAGUUUGAUGCUAGUAAGAUCAUCAGUGGUUCAUUGGAUAGUAACCUCAAGUUUUGGGAUCUAAAGACUGGAGAAUGCAUCAGUACAAUAGACUGGGUCAAUGCAGAGGGUCAUACUGGAGUAGUCAGGUGUCUUCAAGCAGAUAGCUGGAGGGUUGUGAGUGCAGCGGAUGAUCGAACACUCAAGGUUUGGAACAUUGAUACAAGGGAAAGGAUUGUCACACUUCGUCACCAUAGUGAUGGAGUCACAUGUCUACAGUUCAACAACAGUAAAAUAGUGUCGGGAUCAUACGACAAGACUGUAAAGCUUUGGGAUUUCAGUGCUGUGUGACUGCUGCCUAUCCAAACUUCUACUCAUUACUCUUCCCUACCUUCUCAUUCAUUUACUUGUAUGAAUGUUAGACUGUGUUAGUACUGUGUAUGAGACAUAAUGCAUCACAUAUAUAACAGUAUGAAUUCAUUAUCGAUUUAAUACUUGAUUUUGAAUUAAAUAAUAGAUGUCACAUAGAAUUUAACUCUUCAGAGUUAAUAGACUUUUAAAGCAAGAGUUUCUAUUCCUUUUUCAAAGUUACAAUUUCCAUUCUGAUUGGGGCGAAAAUUGGCUUGAAUAUAAUGCAAGGAUAUACUAUUUCUGAUUGGCGAUCGGUUUAAGUGCUCAUAGAAUGGUCCUGGUUAUAAAGUCUCUUUAAAAACUCCUAAAAAGUUUUUUUAAUGCAACAGGUACUUAAUUUUUUAUGCAACUAAUAGGAAAUGAUUUUGAAGGUAUGGAUUAAGAAUGGAAUGGAAAUAUUAUCUUAAGUUAGUGAGGCAAAAUUACAGUAUGAAACCUCUGUAAUCAUCCAUUUGUAGAAUUAUUGAUACAUUAGGAUGAAUUUCUGGCAAUAAAUAUGCAAAAUCUGUUGUACAAGACAUGCAGAUUUUCAACAUGUCAAGUUAUGAUUCAUAUUCAUGAUGGCAGUUUAGCAGCGGAUAGGAUGAGGGGUGUGAAAGAAGGUGGUUGUUUCCUGGAAGACAUUCAUAUAUUCAUCUACUCUGCCACUGUUAUAAGUAUUAUUAAGAAAUUCAAAUUAUUCUACCCCACAAUGCAAUAGCUCUGAUCCUGCCUGUGGAAGAUAGUAAAAGUGAAUUCUACAAAAAUGUUGGUUUAGGUUUGUUAACACCAUCAAAUAAUUUAAAAUACAACUCGUAGGUAAUAUCCCAUUGCACUCUGUAUUUAUGCCUCUUGUAGAAUGCGACAGCAAUUAUAGUGCAAAUGAGUAGCCAAAUAAAAUCAGAGUAUUUAUUAUUAUUUUAUAGAUAUUUGACAUUUAUAUUUCCCCAAAAGAAUAUGGGAUAUUGUUUAGCAGACAUGCAUAGUGGCUGAAUACAACUGAAAUAUAUAACCAAGCUGAAGUUACAUGCAUACGGUUUGUUUUAUUAUCUCACCCAUUUUCUGUGUGAUGAAUAUCAGAAAUGGCAUAUUUUCAAAAGAAAAUGGCCAUUGCACUCUGAAUUGUUGGAUUUUGCAUAUUUUAUUUUUGUGUAAUUAUUGUGUGAAGCAGUCCAUUAUUCUUCAAAAACGCAAAACAAAUCAAUAAAAUGAAAAUUUAUGACAUUAUUUGAUCUGAUGAAAUUGAUUAUUAAUUCACAAGAUGCUUGACAGAAACAACUUAUUUGCUUUAUUCUAAAUUGAUUUGAGUUCAACAUCAACUCUAACUCUAUCUAACCAUGUGGCUAUUUUCAUAAAUAUCUGUAAUCAUAUGCAAUUUUAUGUUUAGCUCAUGAGAACAUGAGAAACAUGUAUUCAUAUUUGUGUUUGAUUUAUUUGUACCCAAAUUUUUUUUCCUUAUUAUUGGGCGAAAGACUGCAAGUAAGUAAAACUUCCUGAAGGACCUGUUUUAUUUCAUGUUAUAUCAAAUUAUACAAAUGGUUAGAAGAAUCAAAUUUAUUCUGAGAGGAUAGGUAAGUCUCGAGCAGAUUCUUGAUUUGAUUUCAAAAUGCAAUUAAUAGUUAAGCAUUUAGCAGAAAUAUAUGUGUGGUGAAAAUCUUCCCCUAAAAUGUCAUAUUUAAUUAUAUCUAAAAAGAGAUCAUUUUGACAUUUCACAGUUAUAGGAGCUCUGAUAUGUUUUUAAUAGCUUAUAUGACAUUUGAUGAUUUUAUGCUGGCACUGGUAUUCUGUGAAUGUGCUGCAUGGAGAACAGUUUUAAAACACUUAUUGUUAUGAUACAUACACUUUGAUUGGACUAAUUGUUUUCUAUAAACUCCAUCCCUUUAUCAGACUUACUCUUUACGAGUGGGUGAAUUAAAAGUUUUGAGCCUAACAUAAAAAGAAUUGAGAUAGGAAGAACAAAUUUGGGCCAUAUAAUAUUAUUUUACAGAUUCCUAAAUUUCUUUGUCAGGUGUCUCAUGAUAAAUGGACGAACCUGAGUAUCAAGCUGUCAUUAAAGUUUCUACAGCUGAAAGGCAUGACCCUAGCUGAGACUUGGCACUCUUUGAUGGUAAUCCAUCCAAUUUCUUGAGAUUUGGGUUAAUCAUUAUCAGUCUGAGACCAAGGAGCAGUCAAAACGGUGAAAACAUCCCAUGUCAUCAACCUCAUAGAAGGCCAACUCAAGUUUGUCUUUUUUUCAUUAGAUAUUAUGAUAAAGGAAUCUGUAAAAUCAGACUCUAUAUAGCUAUGACCAAGAAAUAAGGUGGGUGGGAUUAAGAAAUAUGAAAGAUUUUUAUGAACCAAAUUUGAUCUUCAUAUCUUAAACCUUUUGAUGUUAGGCUCAAAACCUUUCAGUUUCCCCUUGUACGAUAUGUUCACAUAUUUUACUUACUUGUACUAGAUAUGCUUUGUCUGUCUAAACUUUUAAUGAAAUUUGAUUUAACAACAGAAUUCUGUAAUUAACAUAGACUUUGUACAGGGAUCACAUGGCUUCAAUAGCCGUGAAUAGGUCACAGGGUUAAAGGAAACAAGUUGUCAUAUAUGAUAUCACAAUAAUAACAGAAAAUAGCUUAAUCAUAUUUUCACAAUAAUAUACAUCACUUGAAAAGGUUGUUCUGAUGAAAACUAUUAUCUUGUUAGACUUAAACUUUGUACUCAUUGUCUGUGUUUAUAGGGGUAAACAGGAUGUCAAUUACAUUGUCACUGCGAUUUCUUGCUGUUUAGAUACAAUUGAGAGUUUGUGGAAUGUCCAGCUAUGGUUUCUUAAUGUUUAGUCAUAAGUACCAGUUAACAGUUUUUACUAUUCAUAUAUAUUAACUGCUCAUUUGAUCACCUUGCCUCCAUUAGGGAUAUAGUUCUUAUGAAAUACCUAUAACUUAUCUUUAUUUCUCUGUGGACUUUGUGUCAUUAUUUGUUUUUUCUUAAUUUUUUUGUACAGACCAAUCAUCAAGAAAUUAUUUGCUUUAUACAUCCAUGUAUGUAAUUUUCAUUUCUACUCUCAAUUGUUAAAUUGUGUGUAUUUAUACAUGUACACAGUAAGGAGAGUAUGAAGUGAUCAUUCAUUCUUGACAAGCAAUUGAUAUAUUUUUAGUUUCAUUUUUUAUUAGUAUUUUUUUUGGCAAUUCAUGACAUUUAUUGAUGCUGAGUCCCCUCAAGAGGGAGUGUAGGUAUUUUUGAGUGACAACAUUCCAACUCUUGGCAGCUUGACAGUGGAGUUUGUGAAGUGGCUCCCCCCUCCCAAUUUUUUUUUGUGAGUUUAAAUUGCCCACCGUGUUUAUGAGCAAUUGUAGAUAGUACUAUAAACUAUGUCUCCCAUAAAGAGAGCUGGUUCAUCUUAUGUGAUGGAUGUGCUGGUAAAAACGAGUAAAUCUUGCCUUUUAAACCCAGUUCAAUGACGUUAUACAGUCAUUGAAAAAUUAUGAAAGGAUACUUUAUGCCCUUACCUGAUAACAAUGGUUUGUUUUCUUGAAUUAGCCUUCUGGAUUCUUGUGAUACGAAUGUAUUAUUUAAAACAUCUUCUAUGGAAGAAUUUAAGGGAAUAUUGCUUUAUGGAAUCUGCAGUAGUGAUUUCGUAGCAUUUGCAUACCCAGUAAAGUUUGAAAAAUUCUCAUGAAAUAUGAUGUAUGUAUACAUUUGCAGCUUUUGUUUCCCUACUCUAAAUUUGUAUUAUGUUUUGCAGGCAAGUUGCUACCUACCUUAAGGUCAAUUCAAUGAAAUUUAAUAUGCAUUGUGUGAUAUUUGUGUGCUACAUGUAAUAGAAAUGAUAAUGUAUGAUAGAUCUGUGUGUAUUAAUAUGUCAACAUUUGUCUGUGUGUUGACCAGGAUGUGUGAAGAAUAGUUGGAUGGUUCUUAUUAAUUGAAUGAAAGUAGAUGUCAAUUGUCAUGAAUAUUGUCCUUGUAUGCAAUUUUUUUUCUGUAUGUCAAACCCCUUAAAGCUUUGUUCAGUUAUAGUUCAUAAAAUUGCUAUUGAUUUUUUUUAUUAUUUUAAUUGAAAUAUAUGCUCACAAUUCUUGCAAUUUCUCAUUUCAGCUUAUGUGAGUAAAUGUGGCAUCCUUGUUUUCUACAUCAAAAGGAUUUGGGAAUUUUGCAGGGAUCAGAACUAAUCUGAUUUAAUUUGUUUUUCUCGUUUGUUAUUUCAUAAGGUGUAGAUGACUGAUUAAGUAACAAUGAAUAUCGAGGUUGAGAAAUAUGAGACAUUAUUAGAAUAUUUAUCACUUGAUGCUUCAAUGAACCUCACCAUAAGGACAUAUAAUAUAAGCCCACAGUACAGGUUUUAAGAUUAUAGUAUAUUAUAUUAGAUAAACUUGAAUUUGUGUCCAUUCUGCUCAGAUUUCUAUAAAGGUUCCAAAUCCCCUUGCUUAAGGUCAUGUUUUGUCAUAUCUGAAAAAGCCUAUCAUUUUGAAUAGUUUCAGGAUAAAUUUAUUGAAAAACUAGUAUGUUAUGGUAAUAUGAUUAUUGCUGUUGCAUAAAUGUGUCCUCUUCUCCCCCUGCCAGUUGAGGAAUUAUGUAUGUUAUUAUUUCAAGCUAUAAAGUGUAGUUUGUUUUGUCUGAUCAACUUUAAUACUAUUUCCUAUUCAAGGAAAUUAUGUUGGUAUUGUUUUAUUUUUUUCCCAAAAUUAGAAAGGAAAAAAUUAUGCAGUAUUUCUCAUUUCCUUCAUUGAGAUUUUUUAAAGUAUAUACAUAUGAAAACCCAAUUCAGAGUCCAGGUUAUCUACGUGUGAUGUCAUGAAGACAAAAAAAUAUUUACAUCUUUAUAUACAGUAUAUGCAAUUUAUUAUAUUUGCAUAGAUUAUUACAAAACAAUGUGCAUUAUGCCAUACAGUCAACCUUGCAGAGAUCACAAACUAGUGGGAAUUAUAAAAUGGAUUCACUCACUAUCAUCUAUCAUUAUCAUCAUCAUCCAAUAAAAAGAUGUUCAUUACUACAGAUGUAAGAUGAAUAACAAGAUGAGGCAGAAUGGGAUGUGGAUCAGCGUAGAUUAGGAACUUCUCUGUUGCCUAUAUGCAUAUAAACCCUCAUAUAAAAAUUCACAAGAGCAGCAACAUUCUAGAAAUUUGAAUUGUCAUUUACAAAUACAAAG